CGACCUGCUCAACCGUUCCUUCCCCGCCUUGCCCCUCCUGCCAAGAGAGCACCUGGGAAACGUGGAGAACAUGGCCUCCUCGCCGCCGCAGCUCCUCCAGGCCGAGGGCCUUCACGCCGCCCUCUCGUCGGAGUUCAUCGAUCUCCAGGUUUUCUCCGAUUUGCUGGGCUGCGAUGACUCGGUCGAGCGUGACUUCACCCGCGAGGUGGUUGACGGCUUCAUCCGCCAGUCAAAUCUGAACAUCCUCAACAUGCGGGGGUUCUACAGCCAGCUUGCCAGUCGCACCGGGCCCGCCACUCCGCAGGACCUGGCCCGGCUCUAUGAGCUGGCACACUUCUUCCGGUCCAGCUCCUCCUGUGUCGGGGCCUACCAUGUGUCGGCAACCUGCCAAAGCUUGCAGAGCCUGGCCUCCCUCCAGUCUCCGGUGGAUGUGCAGCAGUUGGCUGGCACUUUUGCCGAGCAGCUGACCUUGCUUGCUGGGCAAGUUCGCCAGGCCUCCGAGCAUCUGGCGGCCGUGUAUGGCCUCCCGCCUUCCGUGCUGGAUGCGGUUCCUUCGGCCGAUGCGGCCGAGAGCGCAUACAUGUAGAGCCCCCCCCCUCUGCAUGCGCGCGCGCGCGCGCGCGUUCCUCGUGCCUCCGCCGUUUUAAAAAAGCAAAAAAUAGAUCCCCUCC